GGUCAAAACCACCUGUGGCUGGUCGUAUAAAAACCGAGAGCCGUUGAGCACCAGUCACAGUUUGAAUUUGAGAUGAGGCUGACCAUUUUGCUUGCUCUGAUUUGUAUCGCUUUUGGCUACGUUUCGGGCCAACCACCGGGCUAUCCAAAUGCUCGUCCUCCUCCGGCAACUUAUCUGCCUGCCAAGCCACCAGCUCCACGACCUCGUCCUCCUCCACCGCCGACCAAUAGCUAUGGUCCCCCCAAGAAUGGCAAUGGAAAGCCACCACCUGCUCCACCCAAGCCCAAUAACAGCUAUGGACCACCACCCAAAAAUGGCAAUGGAAAGCCUUCCCCCAGAAAUGAAUACUUGCCACCAGGCAACGGCAAUGGGGGAUCCUAUGGAGGUGGAGGAGGUGGAGGUAGUGGAGGAGGUGGAGGGGGCGGUGGUCCGUCAGGCGGUGGAGAAGUUAUACCCAUUAUCAAACUGGAGUCCAAGGUGAAUACAGAUGGUUCUUAUAAGUACGAAUACGAGACCGGAAAUGGAAUAAAGGCCGAGGAAAUGGGCUACUUGAAGAAUCCGGGGGUGAAGGGAGCGGAGGCGCAGACGGCUGAGGGCUCCUUUUCGUACACCAGUCCCGAGGGACAGGAAAUCUCGCUGACCUAUACUGCGGAUGAGAACGGAUUCCAGCCGCAGGGCGAUCACCUGCCCACCCCGCCACCCAUUCCCGUCGAGAUUCAGGAGGCGCUGGACAAGUUGGCGGCCGGAGGAGGCUGCCAAGGAUGCGAUGACAACGAGACUGGAGGCAACGAUGAAGGCGGUGGAGGUGGCUAUUCCUACCGCCGAAAGUAAAUGAUAAUUAACAUAUUAUCUUUACACCGUAAAAAUACUUUGAAGAAAUUGAUCUCAACAAAUAAUUAUUGUAUCAGUUAGAUUAAAAAGGAAAAGGGUAACAUUCAUUUAAUGAAGAAUUUAACGAGAACUUUAAACAUCUUCUUCAAAAUUAGCAAAUAUUUUUAUUAAUCUCUAUGCUU